CGGAGCGAGCGGGUAGGUGAGCGCGCUAGGCCAGGGGGACCAGGAGCCAUCGGGCUGCGCGACACCCGCACCAUGAGACCCGAGGCGGCCGGAGCCCGGGAGGCGCGGGGACGCCUCUGCCACUGUCCGGGGGAUGAUCCCGGGAGGCCACCGCUGCCACGCGGGCCCGAAAGUUCCAUUCCAGCCCCGUGGAGACCGUGGAUGUCGCCUCCCAGAGAUCCUGAGCUGACCAGAACUGAACGUCCGUGUGAGCCUUGGGGGGACCAACACACUUUGGGAUCAAAGGGAGCCUUUGGAUUCCAGCAUCCUGUCAGACUUUACUUACCCAUUUCAAAGCGCCAAGAAUUCCUGCAGAGUACUGGGGAAAAAGUGCUGGCCAGCUUCCCAGUGCAAGCUACCAUUCAUUUCUACAAGGACGACUCUGAGUCUGGCUCUGAGGAGGAGCAAGAGGAACAGGCCCAGCCCAACUGCCUUCAGUGCCUAGAGGCAGAACACCAGGAAUCCGCUCAGGAGGAAAGGGCAGAGUAAGGCUGGCAAGCCUGGAGGAUGAAGUAGGGGCCUCUGGGAAGAGUCAGCUGCCUGCCAGUGACACUGCAGGGACCAAAGGUGAGAGCUCCAGCCUCUCCCAUGCUGGUCACUGUGUCCUGAGGACAGCCUCACCUGCCUGCCAGGGCUCAGCCUCUUCUCUAGCCUCCUAUGUGGAAAGUUCAGAGGCUGGACUGUACCCAGCACCUGCUCAGGCCAGGAACUGGAUCCACUUUUAGUCUUAUUUUCCUGAUGUGUGUGUCUGACUGUGUGUCUAACUGUGUGUCUGUGUGUGUGUGUGUGUGUGUCUGUCUGUCUGUGUUCACACAUGUGCUCAUGCAUCCCUUUGAGGAAGGAUGCCUUCAGAGCUUACUGCCGCUCUGACAAUUACUCCUCUGUAAGCCUCCCACCCCUCUCUUGCCCAGAGACCCCUUAUCUAGUGAUUCCUCCCUUUGUAAAAAUAAUCAAGAGAUUAACUCCCAUUUUAAGAGUUCAUUGGUGGUUCAGUAG